GCACGCAUGCAGUAGGGCCGAAGCCCAUGUAAGAUCAUCUACUUAAGUACCAAUAGACGAGGGGAGAGGUAUCAAACUUGUAACAAACAACUGGAUUGCUUCGCAAGCUGACCUCGUUCCUUCCUCGCCAAUCCUCUUCCCGAUCUGAUUCCAAUCCCCAAUUCUUCCUCUCCUUUCCCCGCUACCUUGCUGCCUCUCACAAUUGGUAUCAGAUUCGUUCGAUCCCUGAGUGUCUCCCAUCCUGGAUCUCGCCCCUACCCACGACCACUUCACGAGAUUUCAGCGCCGCCUGGGCGCGAUGAAUCCCGACACCAAGCUCAUCCUGGAGGAACUCCAGAAGCAGUUCGCCGAGCAGGACGACAAGUUGGAGCGCCACUUUGGCGAUCUGGAAGCCAAGUGGGAGAAGAAGUUCGACGACGCUGAUGACACCACCGAAUCCAGGCUCGUCACAUUGGAGAAGGUGGCCGCCGCCUACGAAGAGUGGCAGCCCGGCAUCGAGGGCACCAUGGACGACCUCAAGCUCGAGGGUCCGCAAGCUGAACAAGCAUUGGGAGCGCGCGGUCCGCGACAACGCUCCGGUGCCGGAGUCACGGCCGACGGGCCUAAUGGCCAUCGCGUCGACAUAUACAACCAGGAGGAUGGGUAUGGGUCUGUGACGACUCUUCUCUAUCCCCCGGUCAAGGGAGGAGGUUUCUGCCCCUGUGAAGAAAAUGGAUGUCAGACGCUCUAACUACUCCUACCAGAAUCGUCACUCCUUUGCUGCUCCUCUACCACUUCCUCCCCCUCCGAAGAGUGACAAGCCCCAGUCUGUCAAGGACACAGAUCGCCGAGCCACUGACGCAUCUCGAGCUCGUACUACAGAUGAUUGUUUCGUUGCACUGCAUUCUUAUUGUCGUGCUCAGGGCUUAUGUCAGUGGUGUGUUGAAAGUUGGUCCAAAGGCCAUCGUUGUGCCGACAAGGUUCAGCUUAAUGCCUUGCAAGAACUAAUGGAGGUGUUCCAGAUUUCUGAGACUGCUGACCCUGGGGAUGCCACUGCUGAUUCAGUGGAUGAGCUCUUUUUGACAUUGUCAAUCGCAGCUAUCUCAGGCAACCCAUCUUCCAGGUCUAUGUGUUUGCUGGGCAUUGUUCAGGAUCAUCCUAUCAGGAUUCUGGUGGACUCAGGGAGCUCUCAUAGAUUUAUUUCUUAGGAAUUAGCUCACAGAAUGUCUGGGGAAACACAGUUGGCUGUUCCAAUUAAGGUGAAAGUGGCAAAUGGGGACAUUCUGCAAUGUACAUCUCGAAUUGAACAAGUUGCUUGGUCUUCUAGUGGCUAUCAGUUUCUCGCAGACAUGAAGGUGCUUUCUCUAUCCUCUUAUGACAUGAUACUUGGUUUGGAUUGGUUGGAGCACUUUAGUCCUAUGCAAGUGCAUUGGAAGCAUAAAUGGCUAUUUGUACCUUAUAGGGGCUCUACCGCUAUUUUGUGGGGUAUGCUGGAUGAAAUUCCUGAAGGUGCCAUCGUCCGUGUAUGUUCCGUGCAAACACAGCCUUCUGAAACACCUUGUUUCUCUGCCACCAGAUAUACAAUUGUUGAUCGAUGCUUUUGCUGACUUAUUUGAAGUUCCUGCUGAGUUGCCUCCAGUAAGGGACUGUGAUCACCAGAUUCCUUUGGUAGAGGGUGCCUCACCAGUAGUGGUCUGACCCACAGAUUUGCUCCUGCCUUGAAAACUGAGAUUGAAACUCAGAUACAUGAAAUGCUCAAGAAUGGUCUGAUUCACAAAAGCUCUAGCCCUUUCUCAUCUCCUGUGUUAUUAGUCAAGAAAAAGGACAAUACAUGGCGUUUCUGUGUCGAUUACAGGCACCUCAAUGCUAUUACCAUGAAAGGGAAAUACCCAGUGCCUAUUAUUGAUGAAUUCCUUGAUGAGCUUGCACAUGCCAGUUGGUUCUCUUGUUUGGAUCUCAUGGCUGGGUUUCACCAAAUCAGAUUGCAGCCGGGUGAGGGAUUUAAAACAGCAUUCCAAACUCAUUGUGGUCUCUAUGAAUUCAGAGUUAUGCCAUUUGGGUUGACUGGAGCCCCCGGAACAUUUCAAGCAGCAAUGAAUACUACACUUGCACCGUGUCUCUGCAAGUUUGUGUUAGUUUUCUUCGAUGACAUUCUGGUAUACAGCGAGACAUUAGAGGAGCAUAUUCAACACCUCCAGGUAGUCUUUGAGCUGCUGAGGAAGGACCAAUGGAAAAUUAAGCUCUCCAAGUGUGCUUUUGCCCAACGGCAGAUAUCUUAUUUGGGUCAUACUAUCAGUGAGAAAGGUGUGGGCACCGACCCACAAAAGAUCUCCGUUAUUGCUGAUUGGCCAGUUCCUGCUAAUACCAAGGAGUUAAGGAGUUUUCUGGGCCUCGCUGGUUAUUACCGCAAAUUUGUGAGGAACUUCGGGGUGAUUAGCAAACCUUUAACUGAUCUUCUCAAAAAGCAUACCUUGUUUAUUUGGUCUUCUGUGCAUGAUAGCUCCUUUAUUGCCUUGAAAUCUGCCUUGUGCAAUGCUCCAGUUUUGGCCCUACCUGAUUUUUCUAAGGUUUUCUCCAUCGAGACAGAUGCUAGUGGUGUGGGAAUUGGAGCAGUCCUCAUGCAAGAUGGACACCCCCUGGCAUUUAUCAGCAAGGCUUUGGGUCCCAAGUCACAAGGUUUAUCUACCUAUGAAAAAGAAUAUUUGGCCAUCCUUUUGGAUGUCCAGCAGUGGCGUUCCUAUCUUCAAUUUGCUGAAUUCAUUAUUUUUACUGAUCAAAGGAGUUUGUCCCAGCUAUCUGAGCAGCAGCUGCAUACUCCUUGGCAACACAAAGUGUUCACUAAGCUGCUGGGCCUCCAAUACAAGAUAGUGUACAAGAAAGGAUCUGAUAACCGCGUUGCAGAUGCGCUGUCUCGCAAAACAGCUCAUGCAUCUCAGUGUGCUACAGUCUCGGCAUGUACUCCUUAGUGGCUUGCUACAGUGGUUGCUGGAUACAAAGAUGAUGAGUCCAUUAUUGCGUUGCUGUCUAAAUUGGCGAUUGACCCUACAGCUGUGCCACAUUUCACCCUCCAAAAUGGUCUCCUGCGCUAUAAAAACAGAAUAUGGCUGUGUACUAACAAGGAUUUGCAACUGAAAAUCAUACAGGCUUGUCAUGAUAGCCCUGUAGGGGGCCAUUCUGGAGUGCCAGUCACUUAUAUGCAUUUGAAGAAGAUGUUUUCUUGGAGAGGGAUGAAAUCUGAUGUUCAUAAAUAUGUCAAGUCAUGUAUGGCCUGCCAGAGAGCCAAACCUGAUAGAGCUCGAUUGCCUGGGCUCUUGCAGCCAUUACCUGUUCCAGAUUCAGCUUGGCAGGUUUUAUCUCUUGAUUUUGUUGAAGGCUUACCCACUUCUGGUCAGGUAAUUUGUGUACUGAUGGUGAUUGAUUACUUUACUAAAUAUGGCCAUUUCAUUCCUCUACACCACCCAUUUACAGCCCAUACUAUAGCCAAUGUCUUUCUUGCCAACGUCUACAAACUCCAUGGGAUGCCUUCUGCUAUUGUCCCUGAUCAUGAUCGAGUUUUCACUAGUGCAUUCUAGAAGGAAUUAUUCAAACUUGCAGGAGUUGAACUUCACAUGAGCUCUAGCUACCACCCCCAGUCAGAUGGCCAAACUGAGUGGCUCAAUCAGACCAUGGAAACUUUUCUCAGAUGUUUUGUCAAUGCUUGCCCCGCUAAAUGUAGUAGUUGGUUGUUGUUGGCCGAAUAUUGGUACAACAAUACUCCACACUCCGCUAUUGGCACCACGCCGUUUGAAGCUUUAUAUGUUUAUUCCCCAAAAAAUUUUGGCAUUUCUGCGGCUGAUUCAGUGGCUAUUCCUGAACUGUCCGUGUGGUUACAAGAUAGGAAGGUUAUGACUGAAUUGAUCAAACAGCACCUUCAUCGUUCUAGGGAGAGAAUGAAGAAGCAAGCAGACAAACAUCGUUCUGAGCGACAGUUUGCUGUGGGUGAUUUUGUGUUUGUUAAGCUGCAGCCUUACAUUCAGAAAUCCUUGGUGCCCCGUUCCAACAAGAAACUAUCGUACAAAUACUUCAGUCCAUUUCCAGUGCUCGAGAGGAUUGGCAUGGUUGCCUAUAAGCUCCAGCUUCCUGCUCAUUCUUCUGUACACCCGGUCUUCCACGUCUCCCAGUUGAAGCAUGCUGUCACUGACAGGGAUCAGGUAUCUCCAACCUUUCCAACUGAUGUUGUUCUUCCCCGAGUUCCUGAGUUGAUCUUGCAGACCAAGUCCUCUCCAAAUGGCCGCUCCUCCAACAAGUUGUUCCUGGUCAAAUGGUCUGGUUGGCCAGACACCAUGGUGACUUGGGAAGAUGCUGAAGACGCAAAGCGGCAUUUUUCGCGGGCACCCGCUUGGGGUCAAGCGGUGUAUCAAGAGGGAGGGGAUGUUAGCAACACCGAUGCUGCUACGACCGGUCUGCGACUAAGCCGUCCCAGGAAGCCCAAUACUCGUGUCUCCGGCCCAGAGUGGGUCAACAUGCUUGCAUGCAUGCAGUAGGGCUGAAGCCCAUUUAAGAUCAUCUACUUAAGUACCAAUAGACGAGGGGAGAGGUAUCAAACUUGUAACAAACAACUGGAUUGCUUCGCAAGCUGACCUCGUUCCUUCCUCGCCAAUCCUCUUCCCGAUCUGAUUCAAUCCCCAAUUCUUCCUCUC